GCCGUAGACUGGGAGGAGAGAGAGCGAUCGAGCAAGACGCAGAGCCACAGACUGGAGAGAGAGAGCGAGCGCGCGCGGCAGGCUGGCUCUCAGACUUCUCAUCUGAGCGCAGUCAGAGUGAACUGCGGGGGCAGACCGAGUGGAUUGCAGCAGUCCUCGACAGCGGAAAGAACCUCAAACAAGGAUUUUCAUCGAGCCGUAUCGACUCCCAACUCCCCCAUUUUGAUUCAUUUUCGCCUACUUCGCGGCUGGACUCGACAAACGGAACUUUUUCUUCGCCCGCGUGGAGUUUGGGAGCGCUGCUUUUCCUGAAUCCUCCAGAUAUGGACAGUCGGCGACCCGCUGCAGGGAGCGACUGGCCGGCGCUCGCGCACUAGUCACAGGAGUCGCGCUGUAAACUCGCCGUGUGUGACUUUCCCCCCCUUUACUGGAUGUUUGAUGAAGCGCUUCGACAUUUCGCUCAUUCUCGGAACACCGUGGAUUUACCAGCUCCAGGAACGGGUAGAUAGUUGUGAUUCCCGGUCGUCGACGAGAAGGAUUUACGCGUCUAAAGUUGAAGGAAAAACAUGGAGACUGUAAGUCGGCAGAGCUUCCAACCUCAUCCGGGACUGCAACAAACUCUCAAGCAGUUUCAUCUCAGCUCUAUGAGCUCUUUGGGCGGACCGGCGGCGUUCUCUGCCCGUUGGCAACAUGAGCUCCUCUUCAAGAAGGACGGAAAGGAGCCCGAGCCGGUGCUGCAGCAUCUGCCGCCGCCGGUGAUGCCGGGCCCGCUGUUCAUCCCGUCGGACCGCUCCACGGAGAGGUGCGAGACGGUGCUGGAAGGGGAGACCAUCUCGUGCUUCGUGGUCGGCGGCGAGAAGCGCCUGUGCCUGCCGCAGAUCCUCAACACGGUCCUGCGGGACUUCUCCCUGCAGCAGAUCAACUCGGUGUGCGACGAGCUGCACAUCUACUGCUCCCGGUGCACGGCGGACCAGCUGGAGAUCCUCAAAGUCAUGGGCAUCCUGCCCUUCUCGGCCCCGUCCUGCGGCCUCAUCACCAAGACCGACGCCGAGCGCCUCUGCAACGCCCUGAUCUACGGAGGCGCCUACCCGCCGCGCUGCAAGAAGGAGAUGAACGGAGGCGCGCUGGAGCUGGAGCUCACCGAGCGCAGCUUCAAAGUCUACCACGAGUGCUUCGGCAAGUGCAAGGGCUUGUUGGUGCCGGAGCUGUACAGCAGCCCCAACGCAGCGUGCAUCCAGUGCAUGGACUGCAGACUCAUGUACCCGACCCACAAGUUCGUGGUGCACAGUCACAAGGCGCAGGAGAACAGGACUUGCCACUGGGGCUUCGACUCGGCCAACUGGAGGGCGUACAUCCUCCUGGGCCAGGAUUACACGGGGAAAGAGGAGAAGGCCCGUCUGGAGCAGCUCCUGGACGAGGUCAAGGAGAAAUUUGACUUCGCCAACAAGUACAAGAGGAAAGCGUCAUCCAGGGCGUCCGAUCCUGUCCCCAUCAAAAAGUCCAAACACGAAGACUUCCCACUGCCAUCGCCGCUGGCCGACAAAGACAAGCAGCACGACUGGCUCCAGUCGCUGUCCUCCUGCAAUAAGGGGCUCGGCUGCAUCCAGCCCAGACAGAGGCCCUCCGCCUUCAGGCCGUGGUCCCCUCACAUCUCUGCCGGCGACAAGGAGCCGUCCAGUCACCCUUUGGCCCUGCUGAGGGACAGCUUCUACAACUACAAGAGCCUGGAGAACGCUGUGGCCCCGAAUGUCGCCCUCACACCUCUUCCCCUGGGGAAGGUGGGCCCCAUGUCCCCGUCUGUGCCCAGUACCUCCCACCCCAGCGGAGGCGAACCCCCGGGUGAAAGUGCCAACGCCAACUCCAGGCCUCGCAAGAGACGAGCCACCGAAGAGCUCCUGCCUCCAGCGCCAGAGGCCUCCUGCCCUCCAUCCUCUGCUGCCAGCAAGCCGCCGCCACAGGACGAUUCAGAGGUGGAGAUUGAAGUGGAGAGCCGAGAUGAGUUCACCUCCUCCCUGUCUUCCCUGUCAUCACCAUCGUUCACCUCGUCCAGCUCUGCCAAGGACCUGAGCUCGCCGUGCGGCCAAGGGCCCAUCUGCACGGUCACAUCGGCCGAGGGCGCCGCUCCCGCCGCCGUACCGAGCGCGACCCCCAUGACCCCUCCUGAGCUGGGGCUGGAGUCCGAGCUGGAGAGUCUGAGACAGGCGCUGGACAGCGGACUGGACUCCAAAGAGUCUAAGGAGAAGUUUCUUCAUGAGAUUGUGAAGAUGAGGGUGAAGCAGGAGGAGAAGCUGGGAUCGGCCUUGCAGGCCAAGCGCAGCCUCCAGCAGGAACUCGAAUUCCUGCGGGUGGCCAAGAAGGAGAAGCUGCGGGAGGCGACCGAGGCGAAGCGAAACCUGAGGAAGGAAAUCGAACGUCUGCGAGCCGAGAGCGAGAAGAAGAUGAAGGAGGCCAACGAGUCGCGGAUCCGUCUGAAGAGGGAGCUGGAGCAGGCCCGGCAGCUGAGGGUCUGCGACAAGGGCUGCGAGGCCGGACGCCUCCGCGCAAAAUACUCCGCUCAGAUCGAGGACCUCCAGAUGAAGCUGCAACACGCGGAGGCCGACCGCGAGCAGCUCCGAGCAGACCUGCUGCAGGAACGGGAGGCCAGGGAGCACCUGGAGAGAGUGGUGAAGGAGCUACAGCAGCAACUCUGGCCCAAAUCCCACAGCGACAAGGAGGAGACGCACAAGGACAUGCCAGCUGCCAACUAGACCAAUGGUAACCGUCCCCCGCCCAUCACCAUCGUCCCCAGCAUCUGCUGCCCAUCACCAAACAUGCUUACACCCAGGAGACCUGGACUGGCCACAUUACACCAAUGUUCAUCACAAUCUAAAAGCCAGAAAGACUCGUCCUCCAACAGAGACAGAGGGAAGGCAUGAGCAAAGACUAGUUUUCUUUGAAGAACAAUUAGAAGAAGGCUCAUUUGUAAUCAAGCACUGUCUCGCACCUUCUGAAACUGCAGAAGCAGGAACUGGAUCGGAAGAAUGAAAGAAAAGCUGUAUAGCACAAAAUAUGGUUGUGCCUGUAUACUUUUUUAAAUUGGCAGGAAAAGAGACAAGACUCUUAAUGGACGUCUGUGGUGAUAGGCGCUCAGAGACCAUCCUGUUGUGAGUUUCCCGGCGGUGCGAGCUGGAGGACAGGGCUCAGAGGCAGAGGAGUCUGAAGACAUUAUAAGCUAUUUAAGAGACUACAGAGCAGUGUAUUUGUCCCCUCUGUUCUCCUGGAGUUUGAAAAUAAUAAAAAAAAGCUAUCAAUAAAUUAGAAGACGAACAAAACAAGCAGAUGAACCUUUCACGGUUCCAUGUGGUUUUGUGGGUUUUAUUUUUUUCAGGAAGCCAUCACAGUCCACUGGGAAGAAAAGAGCUCAAUAUCAAUGUGACUUUUUCUUUUUAUUCUCCUCAUGUUGGGCUUCUUUUCUUUCUUUUUUUUGGGUUAAAACCCAGACGUUUCUUCGAAUCUUCUAAAGAUAAAUUCCCCGAGACGCGAGCGUGGCCUUGUUUUCUCAUCUUGAAACUUCUGAGCGAUGAAUGUGGGCGUUUUUACUCCAACGGACAUUAGAAAAAUCGUUUCUUAAAAUCACAGUGGACUGGGUGGGUCUCUCUUGGCAAAAACCACAAAGUGUUCAUUUGAAAUAAAUUAAGGUGUGUAAAUAAUAAAUCUUUUUUUUCACUUUACAAUAAUGAAUCGCACUUUGUCAUAACAAAAUACUGUUAUACUGCAUUGUACUCCGACUAUUGUCUUCAAACUUACUUUUAAAAACAUCAUCGUAUACACGACUGCUACCAUAUACUGCUACCAGUAAGCAUUUUGUUGGGUAUAUGCAUCUUGAAUAUAAAUAUUGUUGUUCAGUUUUCUUAAGGAAAAGUAUUGUAAAUAAACAGGAAGGAGAAAAAGGCUGUGACGCAGAACGGCUUGUUGGCAACGCCUCCCAAUUAUCACAUGGUUUAAAACUCCACACGAAUGCAGCAGAACUUCGCUAACGACACACGUGGCGUUGGCGAGGUGGAAAGGAGCCUUAACAAACGGUCACAUGUUCAAAGAUGAAAAUGUGUUAAUCCAAAGGCAGACGACUCAGAUCUGCCUCCAACAGUGGGUACAAUGCAAUCAGAAUGUACAUUGUGUUAAUGCUAAUUUUCCUUUGGUUGUUGAUGUUGUUUUACAUGUGGAGAUAUUUGAUUGCUUGUCUGUUAUGUUCACGUUUUUCAAUAGAACUCAUCGUUUCUUUAUGCAUGAAAUUUGAGAACGUUUGCCACACAUAUAGUCAGUUACUGGGCAUUGACUCUGUACAUUUAAGGGUUUUAUUGUGUUAUGCAACUAUAAAGCAAUUUGUAUAAUGUAGGAGCGAAAGAGCUAAAAAAAAGUAACGGCAAAACAACAGCAAACCACAUUGUUCUUGAGAAAAGGCUUCACACUUUCACACAAUGAAAACAACAACGGUAAAAUGGGACGCGAUGCUGGACAACCUCAAGUGCCUGAACAUGGGCGAAAGGUUUCCAGAGUAGAAGCUGUCAGGCGGGGGCCUCUCCCCAGACUCCUUUCAAAUUAAAAGCCCCCCCACUUGCACAGCGGGUCAUUUUUUGAAAUCAGUGUUCCUAAAAGCAAGCAGUUUACGAACAGUUUAUCUUUUUCAAUGCAGAGUUGAACAACGUGUAGACGCUCAAAAUUUGUAUUGUACUGAAUGAGUGCUUUUAUUUUCUUCAUUUGAAAACAAUGAUAUGCAUGUUCAACGUUUAUUUUUUUUUUAUAGAUUUUAAAAAGCCACUCGCUUCAGUGAAUUGUUACUUUGACUUGUACAUAAAGACGUAACUGUUUAUUCCCAGUUUGUCGGCCGGUCCCCAGGCGGACGUGCCGGGGAGGCUAAACAAAGAUGGCGCCGCGAGGAAAGACGUUUCUUAACCCACGCUGUCGUUGCCGCCCAGCGAGGGCGCGUCUGCAGCUUUCGCAGGCCUACAAUUGGUACAUUUUGUAGUUGUUUUUACGCUCCAAGGAGUCGAUACGCUUACGGUUUUCUACAAAAAAAAGGGAGGCGACAACGACAUUGGCUCUUCGCUCUCCCGCGCAAAAAGAAAAAAGCUGUUUAACGACGUCUUGUUUUCUAAAGAAGAAUCAUUUUGCUAAAUAAAGCAGCAAUAACAGUCCAUAUUAAUAAAAUAAAAUACUAGCCAGUGUGAAGAUUUGAAUAAGAAUUUACAAAUGUAAAUAGUUUUUCAUUUACGAUAUUGUAAAAUAUAUGUACAUGGUGUUUCCUUUUUCAAAAAGAAAUCUUUUCUUACAAUAGCCGUCUUGUUUUUGUUUCUUUUUUGAAUUUGUGUUUUAACAGAUGUUGCAGAAACAGUUAAUGCAGUGUGUAAGAGAAUAUUCCCCACAUAAAACAUGUUAAUCCAUUUCCUUAAUUUUUUAUUUUACUGUAGAGUCUUUAUAUUGAAUGACUUUUUUCACCGGUUCAUAUAUUUUUAACAGUGCGUUCAGUAUCAGAUAGCAGACCUACAGUAUGACUAUGCGACCUUGCAGAUUGUUUCCCCCCCUCAUCCUCAUGUAUCUUUUUUAGCCCUGUGCUGCUGCUAAUACUAUAUAAACCUUACAAUUCUAGAAAUAUUUUUAUGUAAGACAUAAAUGUAAGUGUUCCCAUUUAUUAAUGCUACAUAUACAGUAUGAAAGAAAGCUUGGCUUAUCCAUCUAUCGUCCUUGUUUACCCUCAUCUUUUCACUCCUUUCUCCCCCAUCGCUCCUCCAACGACGCCUCCCCCCAUCACCACCACCACCAACCCAUCCCUUCUCUCACCACACGGACUAUAUUGUAAAGUAAAGGACUUUAUGAGAUUAUGUUUGAAAAUAGCUAUGCUUAUAUACUACAGUGACUGAAUGUACAGUGUAUAGAUGCAUUACCAGAAAUAAAGUUGUUUGUCCAGA